UCAAUGUCCAUAUCUACUUGUUCUGUGCAUAAUAACGAAAAAAACUCUGUUACUGUUCAUGACCGUUUGCGCUGUAAACUGCACGCUGCCCCCUAAAUCGCGCGAAGAUCAUUUACUUCUGCUCGCGGACCUUCCCGAAAGAGCACUUGUCAAAGACACGUCAUCAAUCCCGGGACGGCGCUGUCCGUGGUUCUGAGUUACUGACUGACAUAUUGGUGGUUGAUUUCGUCAGUGAAUUUGGCGCGAGCUGAACGGGGUAGUGUGAGCAACCAACAGAUGGACAGCAAGUAUUUAGAGCGGAUUAGCGCAUGCUGCUACUCAUCCUUCUAACGUCAUGUCGCGUCUGCCUGAUCUCGCCUAGUCGUCUGGCUUUUAGUCUCCAAUAACCACUUGCCAAGAUGGAGAAAAUGCUACCUGCCCAGGAGGCUGCCAAAAUUUACCACACCAACUAUGUGAGAAACUCUAGAGCGAUCGGUGUGCUCUGGGCAAUAUUCACUAUCUGCUUUGCGAUCAUCACCGUGGUGGUGUUCAUUCAGCCUUACUGGAUCGGGGACAGCGUCAACACCCCCCAAGCCGGCUACUUUGGCCUCUUCUACUACUGUAUCGGCAACGCGCUGACCUCCGAGCUGAUAUGUAAGGGCAGUGUUCUGGACUUCGCCUCCAUCCCGUCGGGAGCCUUCAGGACUGCCAUGUUCUUCGUCGGGACGUCGAUGCUGCUCGUUGUGGGAUGCAUCGUCUGCUUCAGCCUCUUCAUGUUCUGUAACGCCGGGAGCGUCUACAAGAUAUGCGCGUGGAUGCAACUUGCCUCGGCUGUUACCAUGGUGAUGGGCUGCAUGAUCUACCCGGACGGCUGGGACUCUGCGGAGGUGAAGCGGAUGUGCGGGGAGCGCACGGACAAGUACACGCUGGGGAACUGCACGGUGCGCUGGGCCUACAUCCUGGCCAUCAUCAGCAUCCUGGACGCCCUGGUGCUGUCCUUCCUGGCCUUCGUGCUGGGGAACCGCCAGGACAAGCUCCUGCCCGAGGACUUUGAGCUGGAAGGCGCUGAAAACCCUUGAGCCCCUCCCGGUCUAGAGGCAGCGUGGAACCUGGAGGUCUGUCGUCAUAGCAACGACCCUGCAGAAUUCCGGCCGCCUUGCACUGCACCAGUGUCAGCCGGGCGGGGUCGUGAACAGGCAGCCCAGACCCCUGUCCUCCUGAGGGGCUGAGUGAAGCGUUUAAACUUUACCCUCCAUACGCCAGACUGCUUCAUCCGUUUCGCAGAAAGGCAGCCGAUUCCCUAAGGCCCGUUUCCUUAAGCGAACUGCGAUUCAGGUCCAACUCUGUGCCUUUCAACCUCUGGACAGCGUUUUUUUAAAAUGUUGUGGUCCACAGACCUCCCCCUUACAGUGUGCUGUAUUCAUUCCAUUUCUAAAGGGGACACUGCAUUUGUACAUGUCACCUGUUUUUAUUUAUGGCAACAGUGUGUGGUAGAGUUUACUUUUUCCAUUGUGUCAGCGUGCAUUACCCCAGUGAAACAACCCAUCAGAAAACCGCUUCAGUAUAAAGUACAGUACAGUUGAGGCUUCGCAAGAACAAUUUUACCCAGUUUACAUGUUGUAUUUUGAUCCGUCCACCAUUUGAAGUUUGCAGUUGCUCAGAAACCCGACUCACUGCAUCCCGCAACCGAAACGCAUCUCUUCAGCUCAGCUGCGUGUUGCUACUCCAUUGAGGGGGUGCAGCUGCCCCAGUAAAGCUAAAGGUCUUAUUUCUGUAAAUUGUUCUGGGACAAGACAGGGAUAUCUAAAAGGUUAGUAUGUUACACUCCCGGUCACCCGAAUUUUGCUUUCAGUGCAGAAACCUAUUUACCAUCAAACUGAUUUUCAGGUAUGGUUUCCCUGCAACCAACCUGUAAAUUCAGGAGUCCAACAAGCUUUAGUCAAUGAGAGAUGUGAUUACAUUUGGUACACAAUGAGCCCCUAUAUCCCACUCAUCUUAUACAACAUAUGAACACACAAGAGAAUUAUAAAUGGACAGAACAGCUCUUCAGUGAACUAAUUUGUUGUUUUCUAUGCCUGCUUUAUGCCAGUUCAUACCAGGACCAUAGACCGUAGACCGGGACAUAAUGUAAGAGGUCAAAGGGUGAUUCAUCCGUUUGAAGUACAGUCCAUGUUCCUCAAGUACACUUACAUUCUGAGCCCCAGUCAUCUCUUGAAGGGCUAGAUCAUUGUGAUGUGAAGCUGCAGAAUGUGAGCACUGCCCCCUUGUGUCUGCUUGUGUUAUUGUCCUGAAGUCUACUGAAGACUGUAAAUAAUAGAAAGUGUGCUUAAAGGUCAUUAUGAUAUAAGGACAUGGUCAUUGUUUAUGUGAAGAUGGAAAAGCCAUCAGUGUGUUAUUACCGAUUGUAAUUAUUGUCGAUUGUUCUGUAAAUUGCAAUGCCUGCACAAUCUGUCACCAAAAACUGUCCAGUGACUAAUAAUGUUUUGUGUAUAAUGGAAAACAAUAAAAUAGAGAGACCCCCCA